UUCCGCUAAACGUAUUAGUGAGAAAUCAAAGGACGGUUUGAGAAAUAUAGUACAAAGAUGUGUUAAAAUUUUUAUGAAAUCAAAAAGCCUGUAAAUUUGGAAAAUAAAUAAAUAUACUUACAUAUAUGUUAUUACAAAGAAUCCAAUGUAAAGUGCAAUGGGGCAAGUUCAAUCUAUAAGCGACAGCACCCUUCCAGAAACAGUGGACGCUGUUCACAUGCAAGUUAUUCGCCAUGCCAAAGUACUCUCAGAAAUAAACUCUCUAAGUUAUGAAGAAUUUAAAACAUGCUUGGACAACUUAAAUGAGUUGUCCCGUAAGUGUAUUGACCCAAAUGGCAAGCAGCUGGUAUUCCUUGUCAAGCGCGGUACAGACACAUCUAUGCUAUGGAAAGCGAUGGUGAAAAUUGCUUGCAUAAAAGUAGAUCCUUCUACGAGGAAAAUCGAGAGUUAUAAAUUUCUUAAUUUAAAGCAAUUCCUGUGCGUUUUCAAAACUUUUCAAUCUCAUCUAGAAAGUUUAAUGUCAAGCGAAAAUCAAUUGUGUUCACGCCGAAGUUCACUUUCCCAAACUCCAAUAGAUGAUGAAAUGGCAGGCGCAGCAUCUGCUGUAAACAACCAUAUAACCGCAUCGAUGAUAAUGGAACGAGUAAAUUCCCUUGUAAAUAUUGGUCGCAAUUCAAGCAGUGAAACCUCAAGCGGUCUAAAUAGCCCUUCAUCAUGUUCACAUUCUGAACAUGUUGAUGAGUGCUCCAUUUGCUUAGACCGAUUAACGGAAGUAAUACUGCCUUGCACGCAUAGUUUUUGUACACCAUGCAUUGAACAAUGGAACGUCAAUAAUAAAACUUGCCCUAUAUGCAGUGAGGCUUUGGAGAGCACGGAUGAUACGUGGAUUAUGCCAGAUAUUCCAGGUGUAGAAGAGAUAAAUGAAAAAAUUUGCGCCGAAUUCAUGAGCUUAGCAAAAGAUUGAAAAAAAACUAAAUCUUUUAUUUUGCACGCAGUAUCAAAAUGGGAAAAUGUAAUCAUUUUCGUUUAGAAAUAUUUUGAUUAUAGUUUAACAAUCAUUAAUUUUGACACAUCUUGCGCCCAUAACAUAUUGUAUCCAUCUUAUAUGUAUACAAUCUUUGAACUUCUUGCAAACAUCAUUUAUCUUCUGAUUCAUACGUUCAAUCCAAUUUCGAUUUAUUAUAACAUCUUCCAACAGUUAACAUAUACCUAUAUGUACAUGUCUCAGCAUACCUCAGCGCAUUCCAAAAUAAUUACACAAACAUGAA